AUGUUGCCGGCGACAGACAUGCGUGGCUCGGCGCAGGAUCCGAAGCGGCAACCGCCCAGGGAAGGCCUGGAGAUCGUCAGCUGUCGCAACCAGUGGAUGACCGCAUCGAACGUCAAUUGCCUGUCGCAUUUGACUUAUGAUUGCCUCCUGGCUGGACAACAGGCGGCUAUGGCGAUCGGCGGAGUGAGUUGUGAACCGUCUGCCCUCGUGUACCGCGAAAACCAGCCGCGUCACCUGCAGACUGCGUGGCCCGAAUACGUUGGUGAACAGAUGCGGUGUGGAGGCAGCGGGAUGCCAGGAAAAAAGGAAAGCGAAGAGGGACGAUUCGUGAUGGUCGGAGCGAGUUCGCGUCAGUCUGUAACAGCCCUCGGAGCGUCUGGUCACGUCCUGCGCCCGCCGCUGGACGUAGCAUACCGCCUUGGUUACCAAAGUCUCCUGCAUCCUGAUGUGCGGAACCAGCAGGGUUCACAUCCCCAUGUGCUCCUGAGUCCUUCGCCAGAAGUCGUGCGCGGCUGCUCUUCACGGCUCAACGCACAGACGCCUGCCGUUGCAUUCGUCUGCACGCCUCCCUCAACUGCCAGCAGUUUGUCCUGGAGCGACGCGGACUCUCAAUUUGGCAUCGCCCGUCACAGCCGCCCACCUCGUUCCUCAUCCGCAGAGCCCUGCACGUCUGCACCCCUACGCGUGAGUCUUCCAGCGCACGCGAGAUUCCUGGAAAUGGGCGGCUACAGGCACGGAGGAGUCGCAUCGCUUUCGAUGCGGCCUUUCCAGUGGGAAGGCUGGACGAACUCCGCAUGGGGCAGGCGCUCCCGCGGCACACCGCCAACGGGCGCCUCGCAGAAUCGGCUGAGUCCUUCAUCUGCAGGAGGUGAAGUCUGCCUGCAAAACGACGAGCCGCGUGAUGGGCCUCUGCAGAAGUCUGAGCCUUAUUUUCGUGCGAAUCAUGGAAGCCACGGACAAAUCCAGCUUUGCCCGAGUCCCCUGGAAGCAUGCGCUUCCAGCGGGUUCCAGAGCCGAUCGCUGGAGUCUGCGAGUUACGAGUCACUUUUUGCGGCUCCGGAAGCUUUCCCACUGACCGCGCCCGAAACACCACAGACCCCGCCACCCGAUAACGGCCGGAACGCGCUCGAUGACGCUGGCGAUAUGAAUGCAGGCGCGCCGGUGUGCCCUUCCUCGAUUCGAGCUGAGGCCUGCAGGCCCACAGGCGAUCCAGGCCUUUCGAAGUCGCUUUACAUUCCUUGCAAGGCGGUCGGAGCGGAGCAAGCUCAUGCAGGGGGCUUGUCGGCGCCGCCGGAUUCGACAGCCGGCGCAGGCGCGGUCAGACAUGCCGCAGAGCCGGCCGGCGGCCCUCGCAGGAAGGGCACGAUACCACAGAACCCGAAGAGCCCCGAUCGGGGCGGCGUCACCAGUCUGCCUGUCCACCUUGGGCAUUUUGAACCCUCAAGCAAACGAGAUUCUGCAAAUUCGACUUCGCGAGAGGCCUCUCCCUCGUGGCAAGCCGUGCCUCACACCGAGGUUGUCAAACAGGGCCGCCACCCGCAGGGUGACGGAAUGCCAGUGGGUGGUGGCGGUUGCCGCGCAGGCAGGCCCGCAGCAGAGGCUCUGCAUGGCGGCGCCGCUUCAGCCUGCCGGCAAAGCUGUUGGGGAAGCAGGGGACAGACCCCGAAGGCGGGAGGCACUGUAUCGAAAGCGCGCGGACAUCCGCCAAGGUAUUUUGCAUUACAUGACGCGGCACAGGCCGCCCCGCCGUCCCCCUCCUCCUGUCUGUCUCUGCCGCCUCUGUCCGGUCCGCUGCCAUGCAUCUCGUCGAUACACAGCCCUAAAAACUCGCAGAAAGGUGCCGACGCCAAGGCGUGGCCUCCCUGCGCCACGACGAACUGCGUCUCUCCUUCGUAUCUCCUAAAAGCGAGUCCCCAACCGGUUACGGACGUAGGUCUUUCUCCUCGUUCUCCGGUCGCUCCUGACGGACCUGAAGAUGUCGUUUCGUCUCCAUUCCUGGAUUCCCUGUGCUCGGCGACAAAUGCGACGCUCACCUCCCCCGCCUCCGCAAACGCAGGCAACUCACGUCAUGAGGAGAUUUCGACUUUUAGCGAACCCAAGUGUCCAGCUGGGCGCCGCACGGAUGUUGCCUGCGCACUCCUCGAGCUGAGACAUCCACACAGAGUUCGUCGGUGCAGCUCAGCGCCGGCCGUUUGCUCCAGGGCAGCCCGCCGGGCGAGGCUAACGGAGAUCCAUCCUGACGGCCUCGCGGUGCCUGCACACGCCCGCCAAAAGUCAGCUUCACACAGAGGCAGCUUUCCUGCAGCUUCGGCUCAAAGCCAACGCCGGCGAAGGUGGGCUCCCGCCGAAGAAGCGAGCAGCGAAGCGCCCUGUGUGGGUGCGACGGCGCAUUCUUGUGCCCAGGAGAGCUUGUGUGAAGGAUCUGACGCUUCGCUGGAGUCAAGUGCUGCCUCACCGCGCCGCCACGCAGGCCAGCGAAGGCCAUCGUCGCCUUCAAUGGGCUCAGCGCAUCUCUCCACCCACCCAAGUCAAACGCUCGCCGGCCUGGGGGAGACGGCGCCUGCCGCGCGACCGAUGCAACACCAGGUGCCGGGGCAUGGGGGCCGCCAGUUCAUGCACUCCCGCAGAGAUUUAGGGUCUAGGGAUCCUGAGCCUGUAGAGGAGGUAGAGGAGAGUGACGGUAUGCAGGGGGACGAGGCCGAGGCCGCGCGAGCCAACGUGCGCCGAACAGAGUCACAGCUGCUAGAGCAACGCAGCGAGCAGAGUUCGUGGAGCUGCGAGGAACCAAGGCGUCGUUGCAAAGUGCAAGGGAACGAGCAACUUAGGGAGAGAGCGCCGUCAAGGCUUUUACUUCCGCACGAGUUGUUUCCAGAGCCUGCAGAAACCGUGCAGAGUGCCCCAGUCUUUUCAAGUUCAAGUCCCACGCCGCAUGAGGCCAAGGGCAGCGCAGACACGAGUUUUGACGGUGGUGAAAGCAACUGGCAGGGAGGCGAAUCCCUCACGGCGUCUAUCCUUUGGGGGACAGAAGCCAGUUCCUGCUGCGUGACUGGGAUGUCCGCAGACCGCACACCGUCCACGCCGAGAAUGUUCACCUGCGAGCAGCGGUCCACACCGGACGAGAUCCCUGCCUGCCUUCUAAACGGGUCGCCCAGUGAAAUGAUGGGCGUCCAUGCUUACGGCGGCUCUGUCGGGGAGCCGCACGAAGGGGAGCACGGCGUGACGGCGCAACCGCGGCUGCGUGACGAAAAAGGUAGAAGUUCUCUUCUCCCCUCUGGAAUUGGCGACCGCAGCCGUCCUCCCUCUCCAUCGUGUGGCCUUCUAGACCGUCCUCUUUCGCCUCUUGACGUGACGCAUUCUCGUAGCCUCCGAGUCCCCCCGUCCGGUGCUCUGUCGCGAGAGCGCCGCCGCUCGCAGGAAGGGGCGGAAGCACACGAAUCGACCUCGUCAGCGAGAGACGCUGAACAGCUUUUGGUCGCAACAGAAAGGACUGUUUGCACCAGACCGAUGCGGCCCGCGAGGCUUUCAACGAGUCUCCAGACCUGCGCUCUGUGCAUUAGUUCUCGUUCUAUAUCGCCACGAGCAAUGGCGUCCUCCCUGCAGGGCGGGAGCACUGGCGAGGUGGGUGUGGUCACGAGGGGCGGCGAGUGCAGUAAGACUGAAGAGAAGUCUGGAUUAGUGAACGCGCUGAAACCUGACGCAGCUGACACCGCUGGAGACUCCCCAGGCCCACUCGGUGACCGAGCGCGGUGCCGUGCGCCCGCCCUCGUAGGCUCUCAGUGUUCAAAGGCGAGGCGUGUUCCUGCGGGAGCGGCGGGACCUCACGCUCCAGUGGAGAACUCGAAGACGACGGUGGGGGGAGGGCCGAGGCCUUUCAGACGCAAGGCGCUCGAAGGCGGCUGGCCUGCAUGCACGCCGCCAGCGCUGGGCUCAGAGCGUUCGAGUUGCGCCUCCCGCUGCCGCACCCCUCCGGCUGCCUGCGAUUGCGAGGAAGCUGAGGCCGAAGCCGUCGGCGCGCUGGGCUCUUUGGAGGCGCCCCGCUGCGAGACGAGCUCCCCCGCUGUCUGCUCCGGGGCCGACGACGUGCAGCGGAGCAGAGAGAGUCUCCAGCUUGGCGCUUCAAAUAGUCUCAACGCGUCUUCCGCGGAAGCCAGACCCCCAGGCGCCGCCACCCCGGCUGAAACAGCAGAAGCGUUGCGAGAGCCAGUCGAGGCACUCGAGAGCCAGGGAGACCAUGCGAGCGAUUUGCGUCCGUCUCAAUUAGACUGCCGGUCGACGCCCGUUGGCAACUCUUCGCCUACGAAGACGGCCUCUGCGUUGACGGCGUCAGACGCACACACAGCUUCAUUUGAGCGUCCUGAAUCCCAGCCGCUGCGACUGGGUGCCGCACGUGAAGCCCACAAAAAAGAGUUCAGUUGGUACGGUUCUGGAGCUGCGCCAGAUGCCGAGGGGGAAGCCGAAGGGCACAAGCUCUCUGGGGCGGGUGCAGCUGCAGCACAGACGCGUCCAGCUGCUAACUCUCCCCGUUCCGACCGCGCGGUCUGCGAUGCCGUGAAGCUCGGACGCGUCGUGGGCUCGAAAGUGGCGGUUCUCGCCGAAGAGAUGAGGACGCUCCGCAGGAGGAACGAACAACUCCAGGUUCUGCAAAAAAAGUAUGAAAAGAAAAUCUACGCGCUGCACUCGCAGCUGAGGGCGGUGACGCAGGCGAGACGUCUCCAUGGAGUGCAUGCAGGUCGAGCUCCGUCUGAACUUGCUCAGCCCCGCUGUUGGGCUCCGCCGCGGUCGCUGCCGGCUGUCCUGCCUUUUCGUGCGCUUUCUGCGGCCGUCUUCAACGCAGGCACGCGGCAGUCUGCAGGUGCUUUCGCCGCGGGCCCCUCUGAGGCCGGGGGGCGAAUGCGUAUGCGCCGGAGCUGUUCAACGCCUUGGUUGAGCCUCCAGGGCGGCCGCGCACGCGGUCUGAGCAUGCCGGCUUCAAUUGAGCGAACAAGAAGCGCCCAGCGCCCCGGAGGUGGCGCUGCGCCGUUCGAUGUAUUCCCCGAAUGGGAGACUGUUUGCUCUAGUCGUAGUCUAUCUGCUCAUCCGGUGGAGAAAGGGGUACGCGCAUGGUCGCUGGACCGCAGCAUCACGCUUCCGUGGGUCGUGCCUGCCGCACGGCCCUGCAGCGCGGCAGCGCCUCUCGGGCUUCUCGUCAGUCGCCCGCUCCUCCCUUCGGUUCUGAUCAAGGCAGCUGGAGAGCUGUUCACCGCGGAGACCCCGGAGCGACCUCCUUUUCUGCAUGGCCGGACCCCCGCCUCUUGUGCUGUCUGA